AUGACUGACGAAUUUUACGCAGAGCUUAGGAAUAUUAUUGCAAAACCUACACCUAUGACCAAAAUUGACACAAACAACUAUCCAGUAUGGUUCACACCUGCUUUAAGGCAAAGCUUAGAAGAAAAACUAAAAUAUCAUCGUCGUUUCAAAAAAUAUAAGAAUCCUCGGGAUUAUGAUACAUUUUCCAUGUUACGCAACAGAUGUAAAAAACUAAUUAAAAAUGACUAUAAAAAUUUUGUAUCGUCCGUCGAAUCUUCUUUAGAUGACGACAUAAAAUUCUUUUGGCGUUUUGUCAAUGACAAGAAAAAUAAUGCUAAUAGUAUUCCCAAAACGAUGAAAUAUGGUAAUCACAUCUCCUCCGAUGAAAAAGAAAUAUGUGAGUUUUUCUCUAAUUAUUUCAGUUCUGUCUUUGCAAACCCAGAGGAGACUAUCUUUUAUUCUCACAAUGAAUUAUCCAAUCGUAGUAAUUGUACCCUAAGUGAUAACACAAUCACACCAGACCACAUACAGCAAAAGAUUGCGAAAUUAGACUAA